ACUUUGUCCGAGUUUGUCCACUUUUCAUCGUUUGCAAUCCGCCAUUUUGUGUGAUUCGCUUGGUUGAAAUAGAAGCCUAUGUGCGCAGAAUUUUAGUGAUAAUAAAGUUCACAUAAUUUAUUUCAUUUGUUGAAAAUAGUUUAUCAUUGCAGUAGGAAAAGCAAAGUAUGCAAAUGCAAGCCAUGAAUCAAUACGGUAAUAAUAGAGGAUUUGGAGGGCCACCACAGCCUCAGAGGCAAGGAGGUCGACGUGGAAAUAACCGAGGUGGCACUGGCGCAGGGGGGUUCCGUAAUAACUCACGGUUUGAUCACAAUCAAAGAAAUCCAAAUCAGCAGCAAGGGGGUCAACGUCCUAAUAAUGAGCCUGCCCAACAAAAUGAGCCACCAGCAGCACAACAAAAACCACCACAAAAGCAACCACCACAACAGCCAGCUGCACCAGCCCAGCAGAAGGAGAAGGAGAUUCAAUCACCACAGCAGCCAAAGCAACAAUCUCAACCUCCAAAGCAGGCACCAAAACCACAACAAAAUCAAUCUCCACAACAGCCACCCGCUCAGCAAUCGCAGCCACCACAACAGAGUCAACAACCUAAGCCGGGCCAGCCAAAACCACCAUCUCAGGACAAUGUUGAUAAAUCUAUUACUCCUAAUGAACCUAAACAUCAAAAUCAGAGCAAUCAAGGAGGAUAUCAGAAGGGGGGGCAACUUCCUAGACUUAUGGACACAAGAGAAGACUCGGAUAUGACCAGUAUGAAUGGUAAUUUUGGUGGAGGAAAUAGGCAAGGAGGUUGGAGCCAAGGCGGGCCUAACAGACAGAGUGGAGGCAAUUUUGGGCCAAAAGGCUUUGGACCAAAACAUGGGGGACAGGGUCAGGGACCAGCCCGGAACCAGCAGAGGAAUUCUAACCGUGGCCCACAAGAUAAUAAACCACAAAGAGAGGAACACAUGCUGGCAAAUAAGCUGAAGGAUCUCAUGGGGCCAUUAGUAGACUUGCCACCAAUUGAUCAAACAGAAACAAAGUUUAACGGUAGAAGUCGUUUGUAUAUUGGAAACCUGAGUAAUGACGUAACUGAAGAAGAAAUUCUAAAUAUGUUCAGUCAGUUUGGAGAGGCAGCGGAAUUAUUUGUCAAUAAAGAGAAAAACUUUGGAUUUAUUAAAAUGGAUUAUAGGGUUAAUGCUGAAAAAGCAAGACGUGAGUUAGAUGGUAAGAUGAGAAAUGGCAGAACCCUAAGAGUGAGGUUUGCGCCUCACAAUUGCACAGUACGUGUGAAGAAUCUACCACCUUUUGUCUCGAAUGAAUUGUUGUAUCGCUCCUUUGAAAUCUUCGGUAAAAUAGAGAGAGCGUAUGUGAAAAUAGACGAGAGGGGGAAAACUCUUGGAGAAGGCAUUGUUGAAUUUGCACGUAAGCCCAGUGCUUUGGCUGCAAUUCGUAAUUGCACAGAGCGAUGCUUCUUUUUAACUUCAUCACUUCGCCCCGUGAUUGUAGAGAACUACGAGGAGCCAGAUGAGGCGGAUGGUUACCCUGAAAAGAAUCUCCCUAAGAAACAUCCAGAAUAUCUGCGUGCCCGUGAAGCAGGGCCACGCUUUGCAGAGCCAGGUAGUUUUGAACAUGAGUAUGGAACAAGGUGGAAGCAGCUGCAUGAGUUACACCGCCAGAAGGAAGAAGCGCUAAAGAAAGAAUUAGCUUCUGAAGAAGAGAAGCUAGAGGCACAAAUGGAGUAUGCCAAGUACGAGCACGAGACGGAGCUGCUGCGUGAGCAGCUGCGGCAGCGCGAGCAGGACCGCGAGCGGCAGAAGCGCAGCUGGGAGAUGGCGGAGCGCGCGGCCGAAGAGCGGCGCGAGGCCGAGCGCCUGCAGCUGCUGCGCCAGGAGGAGGAGCUCUCGCAGCGCAUGCGCCAGCAGGACGAUGAGCUGCGGCGGCGGCAGCAGGAAAACACGCUCUUUGUGCAGGCACAACGACUAAAUUCUAUGCUUGAUCGCCAGGAGCAGGGCAUGUUCGAUCAUCAGAAGCCAAUGGAUGGAGGCUUCAGAGACCAGUACGACAUGCCACGUGGCGGCUUUGACGACGGGCCACAGAAUCGCGGUGGCGGUUGGGACGGACCGCGCCAAAUGGAUGAUUUUCCUAACAAACGCCGGCGCUUUUAAACAGUGCGCAUAGACGCCGCUUCACAUGACGCAUUCAUCACGACGCGUACAAUUUUUUCAAAUAGAUUAUUCCUUAUUUUUUUUUAAUACAAGUCUAUGGUUACGAUCAAGUAAAAAAAAAUAUAUUUAAGUACCUAUUGAUGUUACAAUUUCCCAGUAAGUCGCUUAUUUGACGUAACCAAAGAUUUACACAAGACGCGAGAUGCGCUGCAUUUGAAUAGUCAUUAUUCGAGAUUUAAAAGUAGAUUCAUUUGAUAUCACAUUUUGUAAAAAAUAUAAGUCCUUUCAUUCUCAAGUCUUAUCAUCAUGUCGCGUCGGUUAAAACAAAUUUUAAUUUGAAUACGUAAGAUUGUUUUACAAUUGAAGUAAAUAAAUUCGGCAUCCCUUUUGUCGUUUUACGAGAUUAGUUAAUAUACAUUUAAUACUAAGAUAUCAAUUUAGAUGUUUAGUUCAAUAAUAUAAUCAGUGUAAUUAAUUUGUUAUUAAAAAUAAUAUACGCGUCUCUACGUGUGGUUCUUUGGAAACCUAUUACAUUAUGCUUUCUAAUUAUUUUUGGUACAUUGUCUUGUCGUUGCCGUGUGCCUACCAUCAAAAUUGAUUAUUGAUUUAUGUUGCACUGUUUCCUAUAUUAAUAAAAAAAGACGCACGCUAGUUCAAUAUUCAAAAUUUUGAUUUAAAUAUGGUGGAAACGAUAAGCAGGCGAUUAUUGUUUCAAUAUAAAAUAAUCCAAACGUAAUAAAAGUUUUAAAAUUAGGUUGACGUGUAAAACAAUAUUUUACAAUAUGAUCAUGUUAAUGUGAAAUGUUGCAUGAAUACAAUUAUUAUCUCCGUUAGUCAUUAUUAGUAGCUUAUGAAACAGGUGCGUGCAUAAAUGCAAUCGCAUAUUUAUUUUCAUAUUGAAGAUGCACAUGAAUAAAAUUCAUUUUAAAUUCAUAAUCAGGAUUUUAAAAUAUGACCGUAGAUUAUUUAGUUAUAAUUCGUUCAUUUAGUAUCAUUGUCAUAAAAAGUUUAAGAGUAAGUUAUUACCUUAAUGGUAAAUACAUGAUUUCUUCUUUUUAACUAUAGCGCUUAUUUUUAAUCGCCAAAUAUGAAUGACGAAUUGAUUUUUGUUAAAUUUUCAAUACAAAAAGUUAUAAAGAUUUAUAAGUUAAAAAAUAAAAUUAGUAAUAAUAAAAUAAAUGUAGGUAGAUAUAGAUGCGUUUACCGUUUAUCCAUUUAAAGGACCUCGUUUCGAGUUGAAUAAGAGUAUUUCAGUAUUUAUUUGGAUAUUUUAAUAUAUUGGGAAAAUAUCAAUAUUUGUCUUAUGUGACGCUUAGUUACUAAAGCACUUUAACUAUAGUAACGUGCUGAUUGCGGUAACGCAGCGAUAAGCAGAUUUAUUACAUUGGUUGAAUCAUUUUAUCCUCUUCAUUUCUAUACUUACCACUCAACUAUAAUUUUUUACCCAACUUCGGCAAAGGCAGGUUUAUAAAUGAAACUACUUUUUGCAAACUUCAAAAUUAUUGCACACUGAGGAUAAGGUAGAUUUUAGAUUAUAAAGUAAGAUUAUUAUCAAAAAUCGGAUGGACGGAUUUUUACCGAACUUAUUAUUUCCUUAGUGAUUUAUUUAUUAAACAUAGCAUUAAAACUAAAAUGAACAAAGUGGUAUGCGUGUCUGUGUGUAUGACGAAUCUGCAAUAAUAUAAUGUGGA